AUGUUCCGAAAUGCUGAAUGUGAUGUGAAGAAGUUGUUACACUUGAUAGCUGCUGAAGAGAAAGGUGAUCCCAAACAAUGUGAAGUGGGAAAGAAAGAUUUCCACUUCCUCUACCCCCAGGAUGCUCGCUUAACAGACAACUGGGCACAGGGGGACAGCCACACUACCUGCCCCAUUGUCUCCCUCUCCAGUGCCAGGGCACAAAGUGCGGAAUGUCUCCUGAGCUCAGCAGGUUCACCUGAACAAGUCAACAAAUGUCUUGGAAUUAGUCCAAGAUUUCCCUACCUGGUGCUUGCAAGAUUCCGUACCCUCUACAGCGACCAUGCUUUCGAGGAGGAGCUAUCCCCAGAAGUUUCAGGCAUUGAAUUUAAAGUGAAGGGUCCUGCCACUAGCGUACGGCUGGUGUGUACCAGGAAGAUCAAGAAACCAAUUCUUAUUUUUAUGUUUUAUACUUCCCUUUUCCUCACUCCGGGCGGGGAGGGGGGCAUAGAAACAAAGAGAAAAACUCUAACUCUAGCAGAAAUGGACUUCGUUCCUCAGUUGGAAAUCUCCCUUCUUAGGCGCCUGGGUGAACACACUCAGCAGCUUAUGGAGAGCUCUGAACAAAGUCUAGGGCUGAAGUUGGGCCCUGGUGAUGUGUCUCUCCCAAAAGAGGGCUGGCUGGAGCAACCACUGGACCCCUUUAAUGCAUCUGACAGAAGAGUCUUCCUUCAGCGGUACUGGGUGAAUGAUCAAUAUUGGACUGGCCAGAAUGGACCUAUAUUCCUGCAUCUAGGGGGUGAGGGCAGCCUUGGACCUGGCUCAGUGAUGAGAGGUCACCCUGCAUCGCUGGCCCCAGCAUUGGGGGCCCUGGUGGUAGGUCUGGAACACAGAUUUUAUGGUCUGAGCAUACCUGCCGCAGGCCUGGACAUGGCCCAGCUCCGGUUCUUGUCCAGCAGACAUGCGUUGGCUGACAUGGCUUCUGCCCAUCUUGCACUCUCCCGCAUUUUCAACGUCUCUUCCUCCAGCCGUUGGAUCUGCUUUGGAGGCUCCUAUGCUGGCUCCCUGGCCGCUUGGGCUCGGCUGAAGUUUCCCCAUCUCAUUUUCGCCUCUGUUGCCUCUUCUGCCCCGCUGCGCGCCGUGCUGGACUUCUCGGAGUAUAAUGCCGUGGUGUCCAGAAGUUUAAUGAGGACAGCCAUUGGUGGGUCUCUGGAGUGCAGGACCGCGGCGUCCGCUGCUUUCGCGGAGGUGGGACGGCGACUGCGCGCAGGCGGGGCGGCCCAGGCGGCGCUGCGAGCGGAGCUGGGCGCGUGCAGCCCCCUGAGCCGCACUGAGGACCAGGCGAUGCUGCUGGAAGCGCUGCAGGCUCUAGUGGGCGGCACGGUGCAGUACGACGGGCAGGUGGGGGCGCCAUUGAGCGUGCGGCAGCUCUGUGGACUUCUCGCGGACGGGGGCAACCGCAGCCGCACCGCGCCCUAUCGCGGGCUGCGCCGAGCUGUGCAGAUUGUCAUGCACAGCCUGGGACAGAGGUGUUUAAGUACUUCCCGAGCAGAGACAGUGGCACAGCUGAGGGACACAGAACCUCAAGUGUCUAACUUUGGUGAUCGACAGUGGUUAUACCAGACAUGUACUGAGUUCGGCUUCUAUGUCACCUGUGAGGAUCCUGACUGCCCUUUCUCGCAGCUCCCAGCACUGCCCUCCCAGCUAGGUCUGUGUGAGCAGGUGUUUGGUCUCUCAGCGUCAUCAGUAGCCCAAGCCGUGGCCCAGACAAAUUCUUACUAUGGUGGCCAGACCCCGAGGGCCACCCAAGUGCUGUUCGUUAAUGGGGAUGCAGACCCCUGGCAUAUGCUGAGUGUCACACAGUCCUUGGGACCCUUUGAGUCAGCCCUUCUCAUCCCAAAUGCCUCCCACUGCUUGGACAUGGCACCUGAGAGACCCUCAGACUCCCCCAGCCUUCGCCUGGCUCGCCAGGAGAUCUUCCAGCAGCUGCAGACCUGGCUCAGGCUGGCAAAUGAAAGCCAGGGUAGGGAUGGGGCCUGA